AGCCAUGAAGGCCGCGGACUGGUGCCUCGGCGCGGCCGGCGCCGCCGUGGUGCUGGCCACGUCCAGCGACGAGCAGCACCCCCCCGAGAACGUGGCCGACGGGAAGCUGGAAACCUUCUGGGUGACGACGGGGAUGUUCCCCCAGGAGCUGAUCGUGGCGCUGCCCGCGCGCGUGGUGCUCAGCAAGGUCACGGUGCAGUGCUACCCGGUGCGGACUUUAAGGAUUGAAAGAAGCGUAUCUAAAGAACCGGUCGAUUUUGAACACUGCGUUGAGAAAGAUUUGCAAUACACAGAAGGAGAGCUUCAAACAGAAGAAUUUCCACUUCCAGAUCUCCAAGCCACUUAUUUGCGUUUCAUCAUCAAAUCUGCUUUCGAUCAUUUUGUGUCAGUGCACAGGGUGAUGGCAGAGGGCRCGGCAGAAGACAGUUAAGCCCAGGUUAAAUUUGAACUUUGGUAUAAUUUGUAAUGAAUUUAUAUUUUUUUAUCUGUAGCGCAGAGAAUAUUUAUUAUUAAAAUGUCUUACCAUGUUUUUGGAACAUGCAGUAUGUGCUCCCUACCAGUUUAAUGUAUAUAAUGUGGUAUUCUUGCUAAUUGUAGUACCAGCUGCCCAGUUUUAUACCUGGGAGUGUCAACACUGCUUACUGCUUGCCCCAUAACACUUCUGAUCAGUUAAAAAUAAAAAGUAAUAGGAACUAAUAGGAUCAGUAUCAACUUCUGCUAGUGCUUAUAAAUAAUAAAGAAAAAAAAAGCUCAAAUCAUAUGAUAGUUUUAGUAGUUUUUUUAAUAAUUGCAAAACAGUCGCUUGUUUCUAUAAAUAUUUCCUAAAAUCAAGUCGCAGCCGCCUGUGCUUUACGCUAUGACUAUCAUAAUAAAUAUUAAUAGAAACAAACAUUAACAGAAGUUGUCCUAUUCAGAAGCCUUCUGAAGCCUUUAAAAAUGAACAUUUUGGAAAAYUGUAUGUAUAGAGAGAAUCAUAAUAAUGUGAAAUUGCUUGUUCUGCACACAAGUGCACUUUCACAAAUGUCACCACCCAGAAUUAUUUGCUACACAGUACUCCUUGAAAAUCUAGAUGGUAUCUGAUAUUGAUAGCUCAAUGGACCCAAGUAAUAUUCAUUAACUACAUGGGAUAGAAACAUAUUAAAAUACUAUAAUGCAAUAGCUGGGGUUGUAAUAAUGAGACUGGAAAGUCUCCAGGCAAAUAUAUGUUGAAUCAGACUACAGAUGUUCUUACUUCACUCACACACAUUACUCAUUUUGKUUUUUUCUAUUUUUCCUUUUAACAGUUAGUAUACAAAAGCUUAUUCAUUGAGCUGCUUCAUCCAGAUAGUCUUUACUCUGAAGUCCUCCUGUUUUCUUCUUUUACUUCAUUUUUUCCAGGAUGGCCCGUAUUUCCUGGGGGUGAUAAUUCCAAGGGCCUACGCCUCCCUGCAAAGGGAAUAAAGUAACAUUGAAAUGCGUGGAAGGCCUGUAGAGCACCAGCACCCUCGCUGCCCUCGCGCGCAGCCGUUGCGUGGGAGAUGGUGUGUGCACAGGGCACACCCUGCUGUAACUGGGACCGGGCCAACAGCGUCAUCCUGGAGCUGGGACGUCUUCCUGGACCCCGCAAUUUAGACAUACCCUUUUUUUUUUCCUCUUCUAAAAAUAAAUAUAUAUAAUAUCAAAUAUUUGAGCAGGACUGAGGUGUACAUCAAAUAUAUACAUUAAAAAGGCCCAGGCUGGUUGGGUUGCUAAUGCUUUUCUCUGCAAAUUUACAGUGAUUUGGGAAAUUAUAAGCUAUGAAACAGAAUGAACACUGACUGUCAAAUAAAAUGUAAGGCAUUAUUUAUUUUAAAAGUUAAAAAUCUGAACAUAUUAUGCUCAUUGUUGUUUUACCUUAUAGAUGACCUUCCCUCCUUGAAGUAGAUACAAUCUUUCUGGUAGUGCAGCGUAUUUUGAACUGCUCAGGUUUUCCAUAGUGUCUAAAACUACUGGACAUAAAGGAUUCUUUUCCUGGAGAAAUUGUGCAGCUGCUCUUCGAUCAUCAAGGCUUCUGUGAUUUUUAAUAACAACAUUGUUUUUAAAAGCCCAUCCAUCUAAAAUAAAUGAAAGCGAUUUAACAAGGAGCAUUUUGAGCAGGCAUUUUUAAGAGUGGAAAACUAGUGUAUAUUGUCACAUCUGAAAAAUAUGCUAGAAGAAUACUGCAAUGUAUUCCUAUCCCUAAAACUUGCCAUGAAAUGAAUGCUCUAUCUGAGAGUACAGGACCAAUACAACUUUUCAAAGAAAGGGCUGUAAGAUUUCUUUUUUUCCUAACUUGUGUAAAUUGUCUUCUCCCACUUGUCCUGAAUUCAGAAAUAGUUGAUAUGUUUUAACKGAAAUUUCCCCAUAUAAAUCAAGCCUAAACAAAUAGCAGGCUUGGGAGAUGCAUCACAUCUGGAUGAAGUUCAUUAAAACUACUGGCACACAGAAGUGGAUUUUAAAAAUGCAGUUGCUAUCCAGGACUAGAAGCCUUUUUUUAAAGAUUUAACUGUGAGCUUGUGCUUCACUUAAAACGCAAG